ACCAUGUGACCAAACACGGAAGUGGCGGAGCGAGCAGCGUUUCUCUCCAGCGGAAGCUUCGUGUCUGUUGUUGACUCUGAGGAGUUUUACAGGCGCCAGAGACAGAGACUCGGAUCCUUGAGACGAGUGAAGUAAAGGUGAAGAUGACUCAGGCCGAGAAGGAGCAGGACAACGGGAAGGAGAAAGAGAAGGAACGAGAGAAGGAGAAAGAGAAGGAGCAGCAGCGCGGGGUGAAAAGACCGAUCGCUCCUCCAGUCAUCUCGGAGCCCCUGCAGGAGCAAAUACAAAGCAAUUUUAUAGUCGUCAUCCACCCUGGUUCAAGGACACUCCGUAUUGGCCGGGCAACAGACAAUCUUCCGGUGAUGAUCCCACAUGUGAUAGCACGCAGGCACAAGCAAAGUGGACAGCCCAGAUAUGAAGACGCCUGGCUGCUGAGAGAUGGUCUCAAUAAACCAGAGAGUAAAGAGCAGAGGCAGAAUGGACUUAAAAUGGUCGACCAGGCCAUCUGGUCAAAGAAGAUGUCAAAUGGCGUGCGGAGGACUCCAGUGUCUGCUGAACAGGCCAGAGCGUAUAAUUGUCAGAUCCGUCCAGCGGUACUCGACAACAGCUCUAGAGUGAAGUGGACCAACACAGCCCACCAUCCUCCUCAUCUGGUGGGAGAGGAGGCUCUCAAUGUGAAUCCAUCCGAUUGUUACAACAUCCACUGGCCUGUAGUCAGAGGUCAGCUCAAUGUGCACCCUGGUCCUGGAGGCUCACUGACUGCCGUCCUGUCUGACCUCGAGAUGAUCUGGAGUCAUGUCAUUCAGAAGCAACUUGAGAUCCCCCUCAAAGAUUUAAAGUAUUACAGAUGCAUCCUAUUGGUCCCUGACAUCUACAACAGGCAGCACAUAAAGGAAGUUGUCAACAUGCUGCUGCUUAAUAUGGGCUUCUCAGCAAUCAUUGUGCACCAGGAGUCGGUGUGUGCUACAUUCGGCAGUGGGUUAAGCAGUGCUUGUGUCGUGGAUGUAGGAGACCAGAACACCAGUCUCUGUUGUGUAGAGGACGGAGUGUCUCACCGAAACUCCAGGUUGAGUUUAGCGUACGGUGGCUCAGACGUGACCCGUACUUUCUUCUGGCUCCUGCAGAGAGCGGGGUUUCCCUACAGGGACUGUCAGCUGGGCAGCAGACUGGACAGUCAGCUACUGCAACACCUGAAAGAGACGUUCUGCCAUCUAAACCAAGACAUUUCAGGACUACAAGAUCAUGAAUUCCAGACACGUUUCCCAGAAGCCCCAGCUCUACUCUACCAGGUUCGACUAGGAGAUGAGAAAUUACAGGCACCCAUGGGACUUUUCUACCCAACCACAUUUGGCAUCGUAGGUCAAAAGAUGUCAUCACUCCAGUACCGUUCCCAAGGCAACUCGGAGGAUCCUCAUGAUGAACACUACCUGCUGGCCACACAGAGCAAACAGGACCAGUCCUCCAAAUCGGCUGCAGACCGGAAAGCUCUCUCCAGACCUGGUGGAGCUUUGGAUGGGGAGAUGAGCAAUCAAGGAGGGAUCGGAGAGCUCUCUGACUUGCCCAGGGGCUGCGGGAGUGGCAGCAGUGGAGCCGGGAUGCAAGGGGAGAUGGAGCUUGGGCCUACCCAGGGAGAGUGCAUGAUGGGGACGGGAGACGUAGAUGAGCCCCUGUCCGCUCACCUCUCCAGGAAGACUGCGAUCAUGAACCAGUUUGAGAGCAAAGCACUGGGCCUGGAUAAAGCCAUCCUGCAUAGCAUCGACUGCUGUGCUUCAGACGAAACCAAGCGAAAGAUGUACAGCUCCAUCCUGGUAGUAGGAGGUGGGCUCAUGUUUCACGGAGCUCAGGAAUUUCUGCUACACCGCAUCAUCAAUAAGAUGCCGCCCUCCUUCAGAAGGCUGGUAGACAAUGUGGAAGUUAUCACUCGACCAAAGGACAUGGACCCUCGUCUGAUAUCGUGGAAGGGGGGAGCAGUGCUGGCGUGUUUGGACACCACCCAGGAGAUGUGGAUCCACCAGAGGGAAUGGCAGCGCUUUGGUGUGCGAAUGCUCCGCGAAAGAGCUGCCUUCGUCUGGUGAAACAAAAUCAAACUCAGAAACUCCUCCAGGACACAAAUUGACACAUCAAGACUUUUAUCACAAAAUGAUAAAAUUCUCAAGCGCAUGAUAAAGCUCUUGAACAGACCAGAGGUGCUCAAGUUAAAGUCAAUGUAACAGCCCUGUGAAUAAUGGGUAAGUGUCAUUUUUCUGAUACCACCAGAACUAUCUUUUCUCUUCUUGCUCUAAAACCCCAGAGGUUGCUAUUGUCUUGAAUGUUUGAAAAGUCUAUAAUAUGAGUGUGCUCACUUUUUACAAUUCUGUAAAUAUAACUGAUUCUCCCAUGUUUAUGGAAACUCAGAGCUGUGUUAAUAAACCUGUGAUAGUCUGUUACACAAUAGUUGUCCAAC